AUGCAUAAAGUCAUCAACCCCCGUGCACUCCACAUAUCCGGGAGAGUGGCUGCCGCUGCCUCUGCUGCCAAGGUGAUCCUUGCCUCUGCUUCUAAGGAGAUCCGUGCCUCUGCUGCCAAGGUGAUCCGUGCCUCUGCUGCCAAGGUGAUCCGUGCCUCUGCUGCCAAGGUGAUCCGUGCCUCUGCUGCCAAGGUGAUCCGUGCCUCUGUUGCCAAGGUGACCGUGCCUCUGCUGCCAAGACUCGCCCCUCAUCUCAUUGGCACUGCACACAUGUCUUCAUCCUCUCUCCCUAAUGCCUCCAUUCCCCCACCCUCUUGCCUCGUCUUCUCCACCCCACCCUCUUGGCUCGUCUUCUCCACCACAUCCGUUUCUUCCCGCCCUUCCUUUCCCCCUUCCCUGGCCCCUCUUCCCCUCCCCGUCCUCAGACCCCCUUGCACCUGCCGGUGCUGCAGAUGGAGCACACGAGACCCCCCUACAUCUGCCGGUGCUGCAAAUGGAGCACCACGACACGAGACUCCCCUGCAUCUGCCAGUGCUGCAGAUGGAGCACCACGAGACGCCCCUGCACCUACCAGUGCUGCAGAUGGAGCAUCAUGAGGUGACAGUGGAUUUGCUCCACACGCACUUCAUCUUCACCAUUCCCUCAGACGCUGCCGCCUUCUUCGCCACGCCGAUCAUCUCCCUGCAGGUAGUUCUGUGCGUCCACCAGGCGCCCUGUGCACCUGCAUUUGCGAGCAAGGGCAGCAGAUACAUGCUCCCUCCCCUCACUUCCCUCCCCUCUCCUCUCCCCUCCCCCCCUCGCCAUUGGAUCUUGCGGUUUGACUUCUGUGCGUCCACCAGGCGCGCAACACCACCCGGCAGCACCCCAGGCAGCGUGGACAAAGGCAGGCAGCAGCGGCGGCAGAUGCAUGAGAGGCCGCAUGCGCUGGCCAUGGGUGCGGAGACGGAGAGAGGAGAGUGGUCCAUGCCCAUCACCGUGCGUGCGCCCCUGCCUCGGCCAUCAGCAACCGAGGCAAGGCACAAUCGGGACAAAGCAGUCAUGCCACCUGUGUUCCAACAACAGUCUGCCAUGCUGAGUGCUGCUGCUGCUAGCCGUGGCAUGGCCGGUGCACCUGUCCCUCUCUCCGCACCUCUUCCCACUGCUGCUGUGCCAUAA